CUGCGCGGGCUGUUGUAGAGAUGUUGUUCACCAUGAUUCGUUUCGUUGUGUCCGUUCUGCUUGUUGCUUGGCUCGUCAGCGUCCUUCUUAGUAUUUACGCAUUUGAUGUUCCUAUUAGCGAACACGGUGACUUGUCAGCAAUACCGGGACCAACUCUUGCCAACGUGUGGUGGUUCAUCCAGAUUUCAGAUAUUCACAUAAGCAAGUAUGAAAAUCCUGGAGCAAUUUCCGACUUUAAGAUCUUUUGCUCUGUCACUAUUGACGUGAUUAGGCCAGAAUUGGUGUUGGCUACAGGGGACCUGACACAUGCCAGAGAUGGAGCCUUCUCAACUCAAUUUAAAGAGGAGUGGCAUGUCUACAAAAAGAUAUUGGACGACACUGGAGUUACUCAGAAGACCAAAUGGAUUGACAUGCGUGGGAAUCAUGAUGCUUUUGAUAUACUCACUUGGUCACAAGAGAACAAUUACUACAGGGAGUUCUCUGCUGGAAGAGCUACCGGUAAGAAGCUUCAAAGGGUCUCCAGCUAUGUUCAUCGGAAAGAAUUUGGAAAUUACCAUUUUAUUGUUGUCGAUUUAUGCCCACAUCCAGGACCCAAACGGCCAUUCAAUUUCUUCGGAAUAUUAGAUGAGGCUGCAACUGCUGAACUGAGCAGUACUGCAAGAUCUAUGGGUCUUGCUAAUGCUACAUUUGUGGCUGGUCAUUAUCCUCUGUCUGUAGUUCACAUGGCACAUAGACCAUCUGUUGAAAACGUUUUACAAAAUGCAAAUGCUUACUUAUGUGGUCAUCUCCAUACAAUGUAUGACGGAGUAACCAAACUGCAUACCUUGCAUAAGUCAGGUUAUUUGGAGCUGGAACUAGGAGAUUGGAAGUACAAUAGACGAUUUCGAGUGAUUGCAGUUGAUCAUGACCUGAUGUCAUUUACUGAUGCGUCAUUUGGAAAUUGGCCAAUAAUUCUUGUGACUAACCCAAAAGAUGCUCGUUAUAUCUCUGCAUUAGAGCCAUGGCAAAGAAUGAUACACUCGACACACAUUCGAAUUUUGAUUUUCUCUCCAACCUUGGUAGAGUCUGUCUUGGUAUCUAUUGAUAACGGAGUGGUCAACACUAAAGCAAACCAAGUGGGUGGACCUCUGUUUGUUGCAUCGUGGGAGCCAAAUCAUUUCCACAGUGGUCUGCACACUAUCACAGUUACAGUAAAGGAUACAGACGGUCAUGCCACAAGUAUCACACAACCAUUUUCAUUGGAUGGUUCUAGGAUGACAUUGAAAUCUGCCUUGUCAUCGUUUAUUCUCCUUACUGAUUUCUGCAUUUUGGGUCGAGUUCUGUUUGUCUCUUCACUACUAUUCGUUAUUGUUCCCUUGAUUGUGGCAAGGUUUGCUUCUAGCUGGAUUCAAUCAAAAAAGCAAGAUACUCUUGCCGAUCGUUACAUUAUUGUAGCAUCAAAGAAUAGUUUGUUCUAUCCUCAUGUGAUGUAUGCUUUCUACUUAGCAUUGGGUCCCUGGUUUGUUGGAGAAAUUGUGACUGAUCACUGGGGAAUAGUGUUUGCUUAUGGUAUCUACGUUGCUGGCCAUUUCUUACCAGAGGGUCUCACAUUUAUCUACGCUUUUAUCCAAUUGUUGUUUGUCAAUCUUGCUCUGUUGUGGUAUACAUCAUCGUUGAUGAAUAGCAGACACGUAAGGACCACUGCCAGUGGGCUGUUCAAGUUUACUUCAUUGCUAAUGCGAGAAAGUAUCUUGGUGUGGACAGUUGUGUAUCAGUGCUGGUGUGCCUACACAGUGUUUACAGCAUACGGCAUUUGGGCUAUCUUAAUCAGUCCAGGUUGUACAUGGUCACUUCUUUUUACUGCAUAUAUUGCUGUAAAGAGUAGAGCAGUUUCUAGAAUUUAUACGUAGUUGUUGUGAUGAAAGUAGUACGUAGUAGUUUGAUACCUGACCGUAAGGGUUAGCCAUGCACUGCAACUUUCACUUCUAAACCUAUAAAGUGGA